GCUUUUUGUCCUAAAAUACAUAGCCAAAAAAAACAUUUACAAAUUUUCUCUUUUAAAAAUUACACAUUGCCUCUGUUUAGUCCUCAUUUUCUUCCAUGGCUUUAGCCAUUCACUCCACUGCAUUUUCUAGCAUCCCAGUCAGGGAGCUACCUACAAAAACUUUUUCAGGGAAAUUCACAACAUGUGUGUUUAGAAAAAGUAGAUUAUAUGCUGGUAAAGAAGUUUCAAGUGUUUGUGAACCACUUCCUCCAGAUAGGCCACUAUGGUUUCCUGGAAGUUCACCACCUGAAUGGCUUGAUGGCAGUCUUCCUGGAGAUUUCGGCUUUGACCCACUGGGAUUAGGGUCCGAUCCAGAAUUAUUGAAAUGGUUUGCUCAAGCUGAGCUAAUACACAGCAGAUGGGCUAUGUUGGCAGUAGCUGGAAUUCUAAUUCCAGAAUGGCUAGAAAGUCUCGGAUUCAUCAACAACUUUUCAUGGUAUGAUGCUGGUGAAAGAGAGUAUUUUGCAGACUCCACAACUUUAUUUGUUGUGCAACUAGUCUUAAUGGGCUGGGUCGAGGGUCGUAGAUGGGCAGAUAUAGUCAAUCCAGGAUGUGUUGACAUUGAACCAAAAGUACCUCACAAGAAGAAACCAAAAACAGAUGUUGGAUAUCCUGGUGGAUUAUGGUUUGAUCCAUUUAUGUGGGGAAGAGGAUCACCCGAGCCGGUUAUGGUGUUGAGAACUAAGGAGAUCAAGAAUGGUCGACUCGCUAUGUUAGCCUUUGUUGGAUUUUGUUUUCAAGCUGUGUAUACUGGACAAGGCCCUAUUGAGAAUUUAAUGUCACAUCUUGCUGAUCCUGGCCAUAACAACAUAUUCGCGGCUUUUACAUCCCAAUGAUGGCUUUAUAUAAGACAGAAGAGAUUCAGAAAUGAUGGUACUUACACCAACAAUGAAAAAAUGACUCUAUUUUACCAAGAAAUUCUUGUUAAUGUUGAUGUAUUCAUGUAAAUGGAAAGGUCUCUGUAAUUCAUUCUUGACAAAUAUGACAGUUCUUUAUAUUA